AUCGAAGAUUCCAGAACCUACGAUGAAGGAGGAGGAGAACCCCUACUGGAAGUACUGGAUCGAUAUCAAGAACUUGAUGACAGAAUUUACAGAUGUCUCUGCAGCUGAUUUAUCUGGAUUAGUUCUGCACCUAGAGUGUGAAACAGCAGAGAAGAAAACAGAACAGCAGAUUCAACUUAAAAUCAGAAAUGAUUCACAGUAUCGAAUUUUCGUCUCAACCUCUACAAGAAAAUCAGUGGUUGGAGAAAACACGGUGUUCCAUGUUCGUCUCAACCGAUAUAUUAAGCAUGUAUUCUAUAUCCUAGCUGGAAGUGGAGGUAUACAUGAGAGUUUUAGCCUUGAUAUGAAGUUUUAUCUUUCAAAAACUUUUCAUAUCUCAAUCCUUCAGGAGAUGAUGCCAACUGCUAGUUUGCUAGUUUACUGUGUGGAUAGAGAAGGAAAUAUUAUUUCAGAUUCAAUAUCCUUCCCUGUAUAUCCUGUACAGCGCAAUCAGGUAUCCGUUGAUCUGACUCAAACUCUGGCCGGUCAACUUGAACUCUUGGUUUCAGGGCAGCCAGGAACUCUAGCUUCAGGAUCUUUAAUCUCUAAGCCACUGUGGGAAUUGGUUGAACCGACUCCAACUACAAAAGAACUUAGAACCCGGACACCGGAUAAUAUAAGCUCAGAUUCAAGAUUUAGCGAGUCAGACUUGUUUCUGUUUACAGAUGGAAAUUCUAAGCGAGCUACCGGACAAGAGGAAAAAAUUGGACACGAGGCUUCGCAAGGACAAGAUACUGCUCUAGGACAAGGAGGACAAACACAAGAUUGUCCUCCUGGUCUAACAUCCUGUCCUGAUGGAUUUUGUCACGCAUCAUGUUCUUCAUGUUUUCACAGAUCCUGUGAGAAUGGUGAAAGUGAGCCUGGGUUUAACAUUAUUCCAAGUUUUGUCUCCGGCUCUGAUUGGUUGGAUCUUACAACAAAUAGGGACGGAGUAAAAAUGGAAAAUUUUACUCUCAGGAAAGAUGAGGAGUAUAUUCUCCAAACAGUUGAGCCUGGAGAAUAUUUAAGACUUGAAAAGUAUGGUAUAGGAGUAGAGGAAGAAUAUUCUUUAACUGUCUCAGGACCUAAGACUGCCAGGUUGGGUGAGGAGGUAUAUAUUGUUCUCACAGUGAUAAACCGUAUCCCGGAGACACUUACAGGACUGAUCUUGAUUCCGGACUCGGAGGACUUCUCAUUCGUUCUAUCUCAGGACGAAAACCUUGCCAAGGAAGGAAAGAGAUUACAGUUUGCCACUGCUGGAAACUCAUUUUCACAGCUUGUUGUAAAGAUUAGAUUGCACAGAAUUGGGACUGUAUCUGUACAUGGUACAGCAGUUUCAGGCACUACAAGGGAUACUGCUGUACAUACCGUACAUGUACACAAAAGAGGGUACACCCAGUACAGGCACAGCUCUGUCGGCGUAGAUCUGGAUGGGUCAGCCUAUUCUGUUCAGCAGUUUAGGGUUGAGAACAAGGGGGAGAAUACGGUGGAAAUCAAUAUCAGCGAGGACGUUAUUGGACCACUUCACGUCCAAACAAAACCUUCGGUUGGAUGCCAAGACCCAGUUUCUAAACUGGGAACUAUUCUUCAAAUAUUUAAAUACAGAAAGUAUAAAACUGUCAGAGUUGAGAAUCUUUACAGAGAGGCAAACCUGGCCUACCAGGAGAUUCUUAAUUGUCAAAACCAAGAUGGUGGAUUUUCUUUCUUCAAAAAUAAAAACAGGGCUGAGAACAUAGAGGGUGGAAGUGUCUGGUUGACCGCUAAUGUUGUUGCUGUUUUGUCAGAGGCAUACACUGUAAUCCCUCCAGGAUCUGGAUUGUCUCUUGAUAUGGGUGUAGUUGAAUCAGCAAUAUCUUGGUUAAUUUCAACACAAAUAUCAAUAGGAAGAUUUAGAGAACCAUUCAUGUUUCCCCAGGAAACUCAGGCUCCAGUAGAAUUCCAGAGUGUAUCUCUAACUGCUCAUGUUGUUAUCAGUUUACAAAAAGCUUCAGUAGCGUCACAGAGUUUGAAUUUGCUGGUACAUGAAAGUGUACAUAACUGUACAGAAUGGUUAACCUCUCAGCUGUACAAGUUGGAUAGGCAUGGGCAUCCUCAUGAUAUUGCUAUUGUUGCAUAUGCCCUUCAUGUAACCAACAAACCAUCAAAAGAUGAUGCGUUUCAGCUUUUAUCCAAGUACAGACAAGAGCAAAGUAGUUUUAUGUACUGGGGAAGUGAUACAGAUCCUAUUCAAACUUUUAGCAGGGUUGGCAACAUUGAGGAGCUUCUACCAAACCCAGUUUUGUGCUGUGACUCACUUGCUGUCAGAGCUACCUCCUACGGAUUGCUGGUCUAUACGCUUAGGAAAGAGUUUAUUAUUAAACCUAUUGUUCGUUGGUUGAAUUCAAGGAGGCAUUCAAUGUCUGGAUGGUCAUCAGGUCAUGAUUCAGUUUUAGCGGUCAACUCAUUGGUAGAGUUCGCAUUGCAGGAACAGAAGAAUGAGAUAAAUGAGAUGAGUGUAGAAGUAACUCUGACUGGAAGUAAAAGUGUUGAACGAAGUUUUACUAUUUCUAAAUCAUCCCGGGGUCCUUAUACACUCAUUGUAGAGAACUUUUACGGUUCUGUCAAGGUUGAAAUGAAAGGUAAGGGAAGAGCUGUUCUCCAGGUGGGAAACUCUUAUCUUCUCCGACCCAACCUAUACCUGGACGCACAACCAGGAGAAACUGAACCUAGAGAAACUGAACCAGGAGAAACUAAACCAGGAGAAACUGAACCAGGAAAAACUAAACCCGGAGAAACUGAACCAGAAGAAAUUAAACCCGGAGUUACUAAAUUCGGAGAAACUGCACUCAGGGCCUUUGCCAACCCUGGAGCUUUUAAGAACCUGGGAUCUGAAACUAAACCCAAGAUUUAUCCUGAAUCUAUAAACUUGGAUACUGAAGUUUCCCUGCAAGGAGAAACAUCUCCUGUUAGUGCGUACAAUCUUGAAGCUUCUGUUCAAAUGAAGAAUUCCUCAUUCAUUCUCAACUCAUGCCAAAGAUGGCUGUGCCCAUAUGAGACGAUAUAUUCUGGUCCUACUGUUCUCCAGGUCCAGCUCCCUACCGGAUAUACUAUCUCUCCAUCCGCCCUAGCCUCCGCCGUGGAGGAUGACGCCGCCGUAUCAAGUUAUAACAUCCGCCAGGCUUCCAUCUUACUCACAUUCGAUUAUUUGUCCCCGGAGCCUAGCUGUGUACAGAUAGAACUGGAGCAAGAUUAUCUUGUUUCAAACCUUCUCCGAACCCUCCAGCUCCACCUCUACUCUACUCUAUCCCCGGAGCACUUCAACACGUCUAUCCUAGUCCUACCACCCAGGGACUAUUCAACCUGUGAACUCUGUACUAGUCAUGCUUGCUUAGGCUGUAGUAGUCAUUCAGCAUCGUCUGGGUGUUAUCUUGAAAAGUCUCUAGUCCUAUCUAGUCUUUUAUAUGUAUUUUCUAAUUAUCUACUUGUCAAUAGGUUUACCACUUUAGCUCAGAACUAAUUUUUAACCCAUUUCAUACAAAUUAUUUUCAACUAUUUUUCAUCUAAAGGGUUAACCUUACAAGAUGAUAAUUCAAAUGGGAAUUUAAAUUUAAAAUUAAAUGGUAUCAUUUGGACAAUUUAUAUGAUAUUUUUUGCAAAAAAAAAUAUUUCAAACUAAGGAAGUGUUUGCAUUACACAGUGAUUUUCAAAUCCCUUUGUUUUGCAACCGAUGUCGCUGCAGAUUAUGAGUUUCGUUGAAUCAAAUAGCCCAAGUUAGAAAUAUUAAAGAUUUACAAUAUGCAUCCUCACUCCUCAGGUUGCAAAGAUAUAGGGAUUGGCAAAUUUGAGUUUGUGGCAAAAACACAGUUUCUUUGUUUGUGGCAAAGUAUUAUAAGAAUGAUUGAUAAAGAAUAGUUUUGCAACUUUUCUAAAUAAUUAGAAAACAAAGACGAUCUUUAUCAUCAGUUUCUAAGUUUUUGCUGUAGUCAAUAAAAUAAAAGACUCAUAGAUACAAAAUGGAAAAGGAACUGCCACAAAUCUGAUUUUCUAAUCCCUAUAUCUUUGCAACCUGAUGGUGUAAACCUUCAAAAUUUCAAACUUUCAUUAUGUGAUCUCAAAGAAUUCAUAUAGUUUGAAAUAUCAAAGGUACACCGGACUAACCAGAGUCAGCAGCAUUCGGUUUCUUCUUCUUGAAAUC